AUGAGCAAGCAUCUCAAGGACAGGCUCAUCCAGGAAAUCAGCCUCCUGAAGGAGCUCGACCACCCAAAUAUAGUAAAGUACGUUGAUCACUUCAUAAAGAAGAAGAAGGUUUACGUUGUGAUGGAGUAUUGUGAGGGUGGUGAUCUGGCCCACGCCAUCAAGCGCUGCAUCAAAAAAAGUCUUCUCCUCCCUGAGAAAUUCAUUCGUCAGGUUUUGAGACAGCUCACCUCAGCCCUGGAACACUGCCACAGACGCCCCGAUGGCAGUGUCAUUCUCCAUCAGGACAUUAAGCCAGCUAACGUUUUUGUCGACUCCGAUUUAAACGUGAAGCUGGGUGAUUUUGGACUAGCGGACAUCCUCUCCAGUAGGAACGAGUACUUGAAAAUACAGUCUGGGACGCCUCUCUACAUGUGUCCAGAAAAACUCAACAAGACCUUUUAUCAUGAAAAGUCUGAUAUCUGGGCACUGGGAUGUCUCCUUUAUGAGCUGUGUGCUUUAAAGCCUCUGUUUGCUGGUAAAGGAGGAAAACGUCUUAUCAAGAGAGUCAACCGCGGGAAGGUCAAAAGAAUUCCAUCCCAGUAUUCAGAUGAGCUGAACUCUCUGAUUGGAGACAUGCUGCAAGUAUUGGACUUUCUGAGGCCGUCCACUGAAGAGAUCCUCCACAGCAGCCUGCUCACUCAGCAGAAGAAGAGAGCUGGUGACUCUGCUCAUCAUCUCCCUGCACCUACAACAGCUGCAGACGUCAGUCCCAGGGAGCCACAAGACACUCCAAAAAAAGCACAGAAGCGGAGACUGGACGUUGAGCAGCAUCAGCCAAGAAAGAAGAAGCGAAAAAGAUCAUGUGACAUGGAUUGCUGCAUGGGAAGUGACCCAAACCACAAAGAGGAAGCUCUGGACAGUGCUGUGGCACACCAGCCCUACCAGCACCCCCAGCCAACCAUCAGCCAACCCUCCAAUGAGAGUGUCCCAAGCACUGAAAGCAUGAUCAUAAAAGCACAGCUCAGAUGGGUGGGUCAUGUGAUGUGCAUGGAUGACCAGUGGAGGCCCAAAAUGGUCCUUCUGCUGAUUUAUGCCAACUAUGUCAGUGAAAGUUGA